GAGGAGAAGGGGACGACUUUGGAGGAGAUGCUGAAGGACAGGGGAGCCUGGUGUGCUGCAGUCCAUGGGGUCACAAAGAGUCCGACACGACUGAGCAAUCCAACAACAAUUUCAUCAUGUGGAUAUACUGCUGAUUAUUUGACUCUUGCAAGAUAUCUUGCUUACCUCAAUUCGUGACAAUUGUGAAUAAAUACCCUUCAGGACUCAUUGGCCUUUGAGGAUGUGGCUGUAAACUUCACCCUGGAUGAGUGGGUUUUACUGGAUUCCUCACAGAGGAAGCUCUACAGAGACGUGAUGCGGGAAAACUUCAGGAAUGUAGUCUCAGUAGAAGCAAAACAGGAAGACCAUGACAUUGAAGAUCAGGACAAAAACCAGGAGAGAAAAUUACGAAAUCCCAAAGCAGAGAGACACUCUGAAAAGAAAGACAUUAAUUCCUCUGAAGAAAGCUUCAACCUUAUUCCAACUCCCAAUGUGAAGAGAACUCGUGAUAUAAAACCAUGGGAAUGCAGAGCAUGUGGGAAAGUCUUCAUGUAUCAUUCAUCCCUUACUAGACACAUGAAAUGUCACAUUGAAAACAGAUCAGGAGAUCGCCGAAAGUACCGUGAGAAGGUAUAUAAAUGUAAAGAAUGUGGAAUAGCAUUCAUUUUCCCUAGUGCUCUGAAGACCCAUGAAAGGAGUCACACAGGGGAGAAACCCUAUGAAUGUAAGGAAUGUGGCAAAGCCUUCACGUGGCACACAACUUUUCGAAAACACAUGGGAACACACACUGGAGAUUUACCUUACAAGUGUCAGAAAUGUGAGAAAGCAUUCAUUUAUCCCAGUCACCUACGAAUGCAUGAAAGCACUCAUAAAGGACAUAAACCUUAUAAAUGUACAGAAUGUGGGAAAACCUUUGAAAGUCCUGAAACUAUUGAAAUACAUGAAAGGAUUCACAGGGGAGAGAAACCUUAUGAAUGUAAGCAGUGUGGUAAAGCUUUCAAACGUUUGAGGUCCUUCCAGGCACACAAAAGACAUCACACAGGAGAAACACCGUUUGUAUGUAAAACAUGCUCUAAAGUAUUGAAUACUGCCUGGUCGCUACGAAAUCAUGAAAGAAUCCACACUGGAGAAAAACCAUACAAGUGUAAGGAAUGUGGGAAAGCCUUCUUAUUAAAUGUAACCCUUCAGAAACACAUGAUAACACACACUGGGGAUGGACCUUAUAAAUGUAAAGAAUGUGAGAGAGUAUUCAUUCAUCCCAGUUCUUUUAAAGUACAUGAAAGGAGUCACACUGGAGAGAAACCAUAUCAAUGUGACCAGUGUGGUAAAUGGUACCGGUAUCCAUCAUUUUUAAAAAUACAUCGAAGGACCCAUAGUUGACAGGGGGGACACUUUGAAUGUAUGGGAAUAAAAUGGGAAUGAAAUGUAUGGGAAUGGGAAAUGAAAGGGAAAUGUUCUGUUCCACUUACGUUGACACGCAUGAAAGAAUUCACACUGGACAGAAACCUGUCAAUUUGAUGGAAAUGUCAGGAAUCUUCCAUUUGUGUCUCAGUCAUUCAAAGACCCACGAGACUACACGCUGGACAGAAAUCAUAUAAAAUGUGAAGAAUGUGGAAAAGGCUUUUCCGAUCUUAGUAGUUUCUGGAACCAUAAAAGGAUUUACUAGGUAAAACCUUGUUUGUAAACAGCCUCAAAUACUUCAAUUGGCUGAUAUCAUUAUAUGGAAAACUCCCAUGGAGAAGAUGUGUAAAUGUAAAUAACAUGAGAUAAAUUGAUGGAAAGUAAUCCAUGCUUAAUGUUCCAGAAAACCUUCAGCAUGAAAGAGUUGUUUUAUUUUUAUUUAUUAGUAUUUUCUUUUGACCUCAGCUUGGGACAUGUAGGAUCUUAGUUCCCCAACCAGUGAUGGAAGCCUUGCCCCUGCAGUGGAGGCACAUUGUCUUAACCACUGGACCGCUGGGGAAGUCCCAAAGGAAUUGUUUUAAAAAUUUUAAAAAUUUAUAAAUGCAUUGUGUUUUCUAAAGAUCUUCCUUCAAGUUUAACCUUAAAUGGUGGAUUUCUACUCAUUUCAGAAAGGAAUGUUAAUGUCAGUUGUUUCUGUAAGUUAUCUUUCAACCACAGUACAUGAGGUUUAAAGGUAGUAAUUUUUCGUUUACUCAGAUAGUGAUUUUUUUUUUCCUCUUUGGAUGUAAUAGAAAAGGAUAACUUUGUUUCUUUGCUAGGCAAAGGGGGCCACAGUGGGCUAAUGCCCUCAAAACCAUGUGUUCUUGGGGAAGAGAGUGAGAAAGUUUUAUAAUAAUUGUUCAAAGAGGUUCACUUCAUGGACAUUCUUCUGAUGGGGGUGGAUGGUGAGGCAAGUUGGAGUCAGCAUCAUCAACCUGAGGUCCAGCUGGUCUGGGGUCUGCCUGUUUGUGGGCAGCAUACCCUCCUUAAUCAUUAACUUCUCCCACCUGAGGGAGUUUCAGUUUCUGCAAAAUAACUCAAAGAUAUUGUUGUGUGUGUUCAUUGAUGGGGAAUCAGGACCUUGCCCCAAGUCUGCUCUUGACGCUUUCUCCCUGUUCUUGCACCCCCUCCCUUCCCUGAUUAACAGCUGCUUGCCUCAGCCCACUGGAACUCAGGGAAGCUCAUGGAAGCUGAGUGAAGGCUGUUUCCUGCAGUCAGAGAGAGGGACACAGAAAGGCCUUGUCCCCAGGAGCCCCACAGGGUCUGGCUCAGUAUCACUGUGGCAGUUCCUAGAUGUAUAACCUAUUAUAUACAUUGUACCCUUUUUUAUGGGUUUCCUUGGUAGCUCAACUUAUAAAGAAUCUGCCUGCAAUGCAGGAAACCCCUGUUCAGUUCCUGGGUCAGGGAGAUCCCCUGGAGAAAGGAUAAGCUGUCUACUCCAGUAUUCUUGGGCUUCCCUGGUGGCUCAGACAGUCAAGAAUCCGCCUGCAAUGCAGGAGACCUGGGUUCCCUCCAUAGGUUGGGGUGAUCCCCUGGAGGAGGGCGUGGCAACCCUCUCCAGUUGGUGGUGAGUAUAGGAGCCUUUUUCCAUUUCCAUUCUAUUAAUCACUUGGAAUUAAUAUCAUGUAUGGCUAGGAUGUCAAACAGUAUACUACUAGCUAAAUUAUGAUUUUUCCUAUUUGUUUUUUCUAUUUCUGGCUAAUUGAACAGACUGCUUGUUUGCAUGUGUGUGUGGUUGCUCAGUCAUAUCUCUUUGCAACCUUUUGGAUUGUAGCCCACCAGGUUCCUCUGUC